AUGGCCAAUCAAGAUGGCGGAUCGAAGUCAAACAAUGGAUCAUCGAAGACCUUUACACCGUCCGACACGACCGACAUUUAUCGUAUCGGAGUGCGACCACCAUCAUUUUGGGCCGAAGAACCAGCCGUUUGGUUCUCACAGCUAGAAGGCAAUUUUGUGCUGUCCGGUAUUAAGGAUGACGAUACAAAAUUUUAUUAUGUCACUUCAACACUAGAACAUAGAUAUGCCGCAGAAGUGAAAGAUAUCAUCGUUUCACCUCCAAAAACCGGGAAAUACGAACGAUUGAAAAGCGAACUGAUCAAGCGUCUAUCUACAUCGCGAGAAAAGGAAGUAAAGCAGCUACUUAUGCAUGAGGAGCUUGGGGACCGACGACCGUCGCAAUUUCUCCGACAUUUGCAGCAACUCGCAGGACCAACGGUUCCAGAAGAAUUUAUAAAAACCAUCUGGACCAGCCGCUUGCCCACUACACUUCAACCGAUCAUUGUAUCUCAGAAACGACUGGAUUUACUGGCUUUAGCAGACCUAGCCGACAGUGUGCACGAAAUAAUACCAUGCUCGCCUCAAAUAGCCACAACAUCAGCACUAAAGGCUACAGAACCGUCGCUCGCGUCGAUGGCUAAGCAGAUCGACGAACUUUCACAGGCAGUUGAAGGCUGCUAUAAUAACACAGAUCUUGGAAGAAACACGUCAUUUCCACCUUGUUCACGGAUGAAAAAGAAUCACGACGAAAAGGCUGCUGAAAAGGAGAUACCUGAAAAGGAGACACCUGACAAUGAAGGACCUGUUAAGAAAACACGUUCCGGAAGAACAGUACGAUUACCCAUGUAUUAUCGCCCGUAG